AUGGUCUCGUUCUCAUGCGAAAACUGCGGUGAUGUGCUCACCAAGAAGAAGCUGGACCCGCACAGGAACCAGUGCUAUGGCGCAUCCUACACCUGCCUCGACUGCAUGGUGCACUUCCCGGGCACCAGCUACAGAACCCACACGGCGUGCAUAACGGAAGACCAGAAGUACCAAGGCAAGCUGUACAAGGAGAAGAAGCCGAAGGGACAGCAGCAGCGGAACAACAACAACAGCAACAACAACAACAACAACAACAACUCGCAAGCGCUCACGCCACACAACGCCUACGUCCAGGAUGCGGCCGAAGACAACGCCGUGGCCCUCGUCGAUGCGCCGCCCCGCGCGCCCACCCCGCCGCCCGCCGCCCACUCGCUCGGAUACCACGAGCAGGCUGCUCUGCCGGCCGUCAAUGUGUUCGACUUCCUCGACAACUGCGAGACGCCGAGUGCGCAGCGCACAGAGAGCCGCAUGAUCGAAGACAGCGCCCCGCCCGCCUACAACCAAAACGAGACGCCCCUGCCCGCCAUUGCCGACGUCAUGUCCUUCCAGCUGCCAGAUGAUGCCUCCUUCGUGCAGACCGGCUAUGCAUACGGCGACGAGCCCGUCCGUCCGUCCAACGAGCGGUUUGACUCGUACACGACGCCCGCGCCCAAGUCGAAGAAGUCGAAGAAGGACAAGGACCUCGAGACCACCUCCAAGAAGAGCGAGCGCAAACGGAAACGGUCACCCGCCGAGCUUGAUCUGUCCGCCGCAAAGGACACGCUCAUGGAAGAUGCGCCGCCCGUGCUUCACUCUGGCCUGACCGGCGGCCUCACUAGGCUGCUUGCCCGGCCUGAAUUCCCGCCUUCGCCUGACGACUCUGGCGACUUUGCAAACUCCCCGCUGAGCCCCAUGAAGCGCGCCAAGCAAGGAACUUCGAAAGCGCUGAUGCGCGCGCAGAGGGAGUGGGAGGCUCAGCAGCACAAGGAGAAGAAGGCAGAGAUCAAGGUGGAGAGGGCAAAGGGCGACAAGAAAGAAAAGAAGGACAAGAAGGAGAAGGAGCGAGGCCGUGAGAAGGAGCGCAAGGCCAGCACCGCACUCGUCAAGAUCAGGCCGAAGAAGAAAAAGGACGGAUCCGCUCAGAUCACCCGUCGUCGCCAGUACGACUCGUCAGCCUCGCCGGCGCCGCGAGACCGCAAGCCCAAGGCUAUCGAGUACAGCCGCUCCAACUCGAGCUCGCCCGCGCCCGACGGCAACAACCAGCUCAUGCUGCGCCCCGAAGCCGGCGAGCUCGCCCUCCCUGUCAGCACGCGCGCCGAGCUGUUCAUGUCCUUCGUCAACAAGGGUCCCGACUCGGACCGCGGUGUCAGCGUGCACAAGGCCCUGAAGCGGUACCACCGCGAGCGCCACGGCGCCCUGCACAAGGCCGACGCCGAGAAGGAGCUGUGGAAGGACAUGCGCAUGAAGCGCAACGACAGGGGCGAGAUUGUCCUCUUCUUCGCCAGCGAGUCGUCCUGA